CCGGCCUUGGCAGCCAGCCAGAGCGCGGCGCUCGACGGUGGCAACAACAACAAUAGCGGCGGAAGCCGCGAGGGCGCGGGGCUGCGGUAAGGGGAAAAGGCGCGGGCGAGGCUAAGCGCGCCUUUCAGCGGAGGAGCCGCCAUGGGGGCCGUGCUGGGAGUCUGUUCUCUGGCCAGCUGGAUUCCAUGUCUGUGCAGUGGUGCAUCAUGUCUGCUGUGUCGCUGUUGUCCCAACAGCAAGAAUUCUACAGUGACACGUCUUAUUUAUGCCAUCCUGCUUCUUCUGAGUACUCUUGUUGCUUGCAUAAUGCUGGCACCAGGCAUGGAAGAGCAGCUGAAAAAGGUGCCUGGAUUUUGUGAGGAUGGCCUUCAUACUCGCCUGCCGCACAUGAAGGGCUUUGUUCACUGCGAAGCUUUGGUUGGAUACAGAGCAGUCUACCGCAUCAGUUUUGCCAUGGCUGUGUUUUUCUUCCUCUUCUCUCUGCUUACAAUACAAGUGAAGUCGAGUAACGAUCCAAGAGCUGCUGUGCAUAACGGGUUUUGGUUCUUCAAGAUAGCUGCAAUUGUUGGCAUCAUGGUUGGAGCAUUCUACAUUCCAGAAGGGCCUUUCACAAGAGCGUGGUUUGCUAUUGGCACUGCUGGUGCCUUCUGCUUCAUCCUCAUCCAGCUAGUACUGCUUGUAGAUUUUGCUCAUUCCUGGAAUGAAUCCUGGGUUGAAAAAAUGGAGGAGGGGAAUGCCAGGUGCUGGUAUGCUGCUCUACUGUCGUGUACCGGCUUGAACUACAUCCUGUCUCUCAUUGCUGUUGUGCUCUUCUAUGUCUUUUACACAAAGUCUGAUGGCUGUCCUGAGAACAAGUUUUUCAUCAGCUUUAAUAUGAUCCUCUGCAUUGCAGUCUCCAUCACCUCAGUCCUUCCAAAGGUCCAGGAACACCAGCCUCGUUCUGGCCUUCUCCAGUCCUCCAUCAUUACACUCUACACCAUGUACCUCACUUGGUCAGCCAUGUCUAAUGAGCCCGAUCGCAGCUGUAACCCAAGCCUUCUGAACCUCAUCAGCCAAAUAGCCACCCCUACUGCAGGGCCAGCAAAUGCCACUGCCAUCCCUUCUCCAGCUUCUGCACCACAAAAAUCCUUGCAGUGGUGGGAUGCACAAAGCAUUGUUGGGCUGGUUAUCUUUGUGCUUUGUCUCUUGUACUCCAGCAUCCGAUCUUCCAGCAACAGCCAAGUAAACAAGCUGACCCUAUCUGCAAGCGACACUGUCAUUCUGGAUGAUGCAGCAGGUACUGCCAGUGACGUUGAAGACGGAGAAAUACGGCGCGUCACGGACAAUGAAAAGGACGGUGUCCAGUACAGCUAUGCCUUCUUCCACUUCAUGCUGUUUCUUGCCUCCUUGUAUAUCAUGAUGACCCUUACCAAUUGGUACAGUCCUGAUGCUGACUUCAAAACUAUGACAAGCAAGUGGCCAGCUGUCUGGGUGAAGAUUUCUUCCAGCUGGGUCUGUCUCAGCCUUUACGCCUGGACCUUAUUAGCACCUCUUGUCCUUCCCAAUCGGGACUUCAGUUGAAAGACAGGAUGGAAAUGAUACUCCUCUCUGCUGAAAGCCAAAUGUUCUGUAUUGCUUCUGGGAGUUAAGGAUAAAACUCUCUCUCCUGCAACAUGACAGUGGAUAGAAAGCUGCUGACUCACCUAACGCUUGAUGCAAUAUCUAAAUGAUGUCUAUUUUGCUGUUUAAAGUCAAAGCUAGCUUUACUAUUAAUCUACUACAGCUGUGCAUUUUGAAAAUGCCUGUUGUGCAACGCUACACACGAUGUUGGAAGAUUUUUAAUGGAUGAGAAAGUAAUAUAUUUUAAAGUGCUCCUAAUGCUUCGGUGUAUGGAAGUGAAAGCCAUGCUGCAACUCUACAUUCCAUUUCAGAAAAACCUGUCCCCUGGGCAGACUUGUUAGAAGUAGAAUCUGUUGAUAACAGAAUAGCAUGCAAAUGUAGUGUAGUUAAUGGGUUGUUUAAAAUGGCAGUUUUUUAGAUUGUUCCUAGCAAUGAUAAAGACAAUAGAAAUCAUGUGUUCUGCUAAGGUCAUGUUUCCCAGUAAAUUUCAACUUGCAUGGUAUUCUAAAUAAGCUUUAACCUAGUUAUAUUAAAAUGAAGAUUUGCUAAAGUGCUGUUUUCUAAUAUGAAAAAGUCUUAUAAAUUCUAGUGUAUUGCUGUCAAUCUUGGCAUUUAAUAUUUGCACUAUAAACCUGUUUAAUUACAA